CAAAACGUUAGCGUGCAUUCGAUAACCGCGCGCGUUUCGGAACGAACGCGAUUCCGCGCCUCGUCCCGCGGAAAACUUCGAAAUUCAAAUUUUUAUUUCAAGCCAGUUUAUUUUUUUUUCAGUCUAGUGUUAAAAAAAUGACGAUUUACAGCAAAAUUGUCCAAAUAAUUUUGGUCAGUAUUUGAUUUUAAAAAUUAUAUUCAUGGAAAAACUGCAUCAUUAAAAAGAUGACAAUGACAACGGCGGUGGAGGGAGGCGCGUCCCUGGCCUGGCGCCUCCUGGCCACGCUGGAAGGCGGCUCCCUCCUGCUGGCCACGUCUGCACUCCUGGCCUACACCGCCCGGAGGAAGGUCGCUAGAAAAAGACAUAGUCAUAGGAGACCUGUUAAAAGUGUUCUGAUAACGAACACAACAAACGAACUGGGCCAACAGCUGAAGAAUGAGCUGGAAUCUCGAGGCUGUACGGUCAGCAGUGUGACCGACGAGCUGAUGCAGAACAUCAGCAGCUGUUCUGAAAGCAGGGUGGACGCGCUGGUGGUGGUAGGCGCAGAGCCCAGCACGGAUUGUCUUAAUGGGAUGUCUGAGUUCGUGUCGCAGGACGUGUACAGCAAUUUGAAGGUCCUAGAAACCACGUCGGUGCUGGUCCGUCCGGGCGGGACGAUAGUGUGGGCGUGCGCGGGCGCAGCGGCCGGCGGCGGCGCCGCGUUCAGCGUCGCGGGCGCGGCCUUCGACGCCGUAAUACAGGCCGGUCUGCAGCACGUCGCCAAGAGUUCCCGCUGCGAGGCGGUGUGGCUGGCGCGCGCCGCCGCGGGCGACGCGGCGAGCGCGGCGCGGCGGGCGGCGGCCGCGCUGCUGCCCGCCGCCCGCCCGCUCUCCAGGUUCUCUCCCAGGUGCCUUUCUAAGAAAGGGUGUUGACAUUCUAUCUCCAGAGCGCGAAGAAUGCCGUCUACAAAAUCGGAGAAUACCUGGACAGAAUGUGGAAAAUAAUAACAUGAUGUCAACGCCGGCAUUAAUAUGACCGCAGUCAACGAGAGAAAACGUCACACUACAAAAGAAAUCACGGGGCAAUAUGUGGAACUAUCAAUAACAGAUCGACCACGUUACUGUUGUAGCGACUACAACGCCGCACUCUCUCCCUCUCUUUCUCUCUCUACUCGGAACUUAUUUCGUAGCGCGGACUUUACUAAAAGAAUACGACUGAGUAAAAAGAAAAUUUGAGAACAUCUCUUUUUAAUAUUUAAAUUCGCGUUUCAUGUCCCGAUUACUGGUAUUGGAAGUAGUUAAUUGCAAUUUACCGACACUGUUGAUUACAAUGUCUUAUUUCUCCGUUCUCCGUUAUUAUAAUACAAGUAACAGGCCUUCAAAUUUUGGUGUUUGAAUCCGACCGGCCAACACCAACAGAAAGGAAUGAAACAGGAUAAGCGUUUAUCCUCUUUCUUUUAUAUCUGAGUCCCUUUCUGUCGGUCAGUCGGAUCGUCUGUUUACAAGUUUUAGAUAGAUGAUUAUUAAUUAUUUUCAAUUACUUCUUAUAUAAGCUGACACGUAGCUGCAGGAGACAUUUAAGUAUAUUGUUAUGUACAGUACAGAGUUAGGUAACGGCGGUAUUCCAUUUGUUAUAUUCUAUGGUAAAAAGAUAGCAAUAAUGCAAUAAUAUUGUAAGAAUAAAGGAAUUUGAUAAAUAGAAUCUGCCAUAAUACCUACACCAGUUAGGCAGAAAAGAUUUCUUAGUAAAGUAGGUAGAUAGGUUGUUAUUAUUAAGUAGCUACUUAUUAUUAAUAAUUUGAAAUAAAACAUAAAUUACAGGUU